AUGUCCCACGGGAUCUACUACGACUGUGAGCAACGAGGAGGCCAACCACUCGAGUUCCCAGGCAGCCGAACUGGGCCAGGGGAGCUGGGGGACAUGUGUGACCAUGAGGCCUCCAUCGACCUGUCCGCCUACAUUGAAUCCGGUGAGGAACAGCUCCUUUCUGAUCUCUUUGCUGUCAAACCACAACCUGAGCCUCGUGGCCUCAAGGGCCCUGGAACUCCUGCCUUCCCCCACUACCUCCCACCAGACCCGAGGACCUUCGUUUAUCCGGCCCAUGCCUUUGGCCCUGACCGGAAGGGCCUAGGGCCGAACUCCUAUAGUCCAGCCGAGGGCUAUGAUCCCCGAGCAGUGUCUGUGAAAGAAGAGCCUAGGGGGCCAGAGUGUGGGAGAAGCUCCAGCCGAGGUAGCUACAACCCACUGCAGUACCAGGUGGCACACUGUGGGCAGACUGCCAUGCAUCUGUCCCCAGCUUUGGGCACACCCAACCAGCCCCUUCGAGUCCUCAAGGGCCCCCUGGCUGCCGCUGCUGCCCCUCCCUGCAGUCCUCUCCUCAAGGCUCCCUCUCCGGCCGGGCCCCCCCAUAAGGGCAAGAAAGCGGUGAACAAAGACAGCCUGGAGUACCGGCUUCGGCGGGAGCGCAACAACAUCGCAGUCCGCAAAAGCCGGGACAAAGCCAAACGGCGCAUCCAGGAGACUCAGCAAAAGGUGCUGGAGUACAUGGCCGAGAACGAGCGACUUCGCAACCGCGUGGACCAGCUCACCCAGGAGCUCGACACCCUGAGAAACCUCUUCCGCCAGAUCCCCGAAGCUGCCAGCCUCAUCAAGGGAGUAGGUUGUGGCUGAGCCCCAGGGCUGACGGGCAGAGGGGCCUCCUCUGGCACUGAGGGACUUCUCGACCCCCUGUAUCCCUAGGGGGAGGCUCUCAGCUUAGUCUGGGCUUUCUUCCCGCAUAUGGGGUACGGUUGAUGCCCUCAGACAGACAGACAGACAAGACAGACUAGCUGCUGAGCCAGCCCCAAGGCAUUUGGGCAGCACCCUGGGCAGGGUUUGGAGAUUGCACUUCCCCUAAUACACUGAAAUACUGCAUCCCAUGUCCUCGGAGGUCUUUAGCCUUCCCUGUAACACAAAUG